AGAGCUAAAGAAGAGACCAUCGAAAAACAGCGAAAAGGAUAGCCUACGAAGGCCUAAAGAGAGUUGCCGCUCUUUGUAAUUAUUCUAAGUCUACACAAUAUCUGCUACGUCAUCAGUUUCCGUGAAAAGUGACGAAUGCACAUGGGAAGUUGAGAAAUCGUCUGGCAAACGAAGAACUCUGUUGUACAAAGUGAUAAUAUUCGGAAUUUCCCUGUAGUGUAUGUACUCAGAUGACUGGCACUGAUGAAGUCACGCUGUGAAGCAACGAGUCUUAAGUGAACAAUCACAAUCAAUUUGCACCAAAUGGCAGACAAUCCCAAGAACUAACAAGAUAUCAUUCUGAUAACUGUAUAAGCAACAGAACUUGGUGUUUUCAGCUGUGCGGGGAAAAUUUCCAACAGAAAUACAUUUAUCUGGAUAACUGCUGUCAGUGAGUUGACAUUUCUUGUUUCUUGGCUGGACUUUGCUGCUGUGAGGAAGAUGUUCACAGGAUAAUUUCUCCGGAGUUAUAAUUUUUAAAUUGGUAACUUGUGUUUUCUGUAAUUCACUAUGUCUAAGAGGGAGGAAAAUGAGGUAUUGACAGCCUCAGAUUCCACUGCGGAGGAGGAAGAGGAUGAAGAAGACCAUGAUCCAAGCAGUACCACAAAACUUGUUCCAAAGCUCUCCAACACUGAUGGUACUGCCAAUGGAAAACAUGAAAAGGAAAGGCCAACCUCGUUAUCUAAUGUAAAAUAUUCUGCUAUUGAGAAUGAGGAAAGUGGGGCCUAGCUCUAGUCCUAUCACUGACACAACUAGUGAUGCAAGUCCUACGAAAGAAAGAACACUUAGCAAGAGUCCAAGUCCAGAUGUUGCUAAGAAACCAGAAAGGCAAUCCUUACUAGCUAAAGAAGAAGUUUCUUUAUUGCCAGAUCAUUUAAAAGAUGAUGUUGAGCAUUUAGAGAUGGGAGAAAUCCCAAUAGAGGAGGGUGUUGCCUAUCACUCUCCCCCCAGGAGAUAUGCACGGGCCAUGAAGACUUUUAUACCCAUAAGACCAAAGCAAAAUAGCUCCAAAUCAGUAUUCCCUGGUGACAAUGCUGGCCUCCUGUCCUUUGUCUCCUACAGCUGGAUGACGAGGAUCAUGUGGAGACUGUAUAAACAGGGGGAGAUGCCAGAACAGAUGUGGAGGUGUCCAGAACAUUCCAACGCUGAUAUCAGCAUGAGGAGACUAGAGAAGUUAUGGCAAGAAGAGUUGAAGAGGAAGGGACCAGAGAAAGCUUCAGUGGGCUGGGUGUUGUUCAGGUUCAUUAAGACCAGGUUUAUUGUGGCCACCAUCAUCUUCAUCUUCAUGUUGGGCUUCAGUUUCCUGGGGCCUGCAUACUUGGUGCGCUCUAUUCUGGAGCAUGCUCAGUUUGGGGGCAAGGAUCUAGGUCACGGGUUUGCCCUAGUGGCAGGACUGUUCAUCAGUGAACUGGGGCGCUCCAUAUCAUUUGCUGUCAUAUGGGCCAUCAACUACGAGUCAGGUAUCAGGGUGCGAGGUGGGGCGUUAUCUUUAAUAUUCAAGAAAAUUCUCAGAUUAAGAAGUCUCAAAGACAAGUCAGUAGGAGAGCUGGUAAAUCUUUGUGCCAAUGACGGACAGAGACUGUUUGAUGCAACAAUUCUAGGCGGACUUAUUUUGGGUGGACCAUUGAUCGCCACUGCUGCCAUAGUGUACUGUGUGCACCUGAUAGGUCCCGCAGCACUAGUGGGACUUUCUGUGUUCAUUCUGUUUUACCCAUUCCAAGUGUUAGUGUCCAGACUUACUAGUCACUUCAGGCGGAAGUGUAUCGUGAUCACUGACAAGAGAGUGAGAAUGAUGAACGAGGUCCUCACCUGCGCCAAGCUCAUUAAGAUGUAUGCUUGGGAAAAGUCAUUUGCCAAGACAAUAUCAGGUAUCCGUUCCGAUGAGCGAAGUAUAUUGGAGAAGUCUGCUUAUGUCCAGAGUGUUAGCAUAGCUGCCACACCCCUAGUUCCCAUCGUCGCUGCCGUCUUAACGUUCAUUGUUCACGCUCAAACAGGAAAUGACCUCACAGCUGCUCAAGUGUACACUUUAGUCACUGUUUUAUACUCUACGUGUUACUACAUUGGUGCUUUCCCAUAUGCAGUCCGAGCACUGUCAGAGUUCAGAGUAUCAUGCGAACGUGUGAAGGCCUACACAAUAGUUAGCGUACUGAAUUCAAUGAGGUUUCAAAUAGGCGUCCUUCCAUAUUCUGUGAAGGCUUUAGCUGAUUGUUUCAUCUCUUUGUCAAGAAUAAAGAGUGUACUGCUGAUGGAAGAAAUAACGCCCCAUAGAUGGCGUGUACCCAAGCCGCACCACGCUGUGUUCAUGAGCAAUGCCACUCUGGCUUGGGAUGCCAGCAAGUCCGAGAACAAGCAGAAACAAGAGAGUGAAGACAAGAAGAAAAGAGAAAAGACUACGGAUUCUAAAAAGAAGAAGUCUAAAAAAUCAUCAGCUGAGGAAGUGACUCUAAGAGAUGAAAUGAAAGAAGAUGAGGAGAGUGAGGAUUUUGUGAAAGCUUUGUUCAACAUACAUUUAGUUUUAGAAAAAGGCAAGCUAAUGGGAGUUUGUGGAUCUGUAGGAAGUGGAAAGAGUUCACUACUCUCGGCUGUCUUGGCACAGAUGAAGCUGGUGAGUGGAGAAGUGGCUGUUAAUGGUAGUAUUGCGUAUGCUGUUCAGCAAGCUUGGAUCCUGAAUGCCACAGUGAGAGAAAAUAUUCUCUUCGGAGAGGAGUUUGAUAAGGAAAGAUAUGAUGCUGCUAUAUUUGCCUGUAACUUAGCAGAGGACCUUGAACAGUUGGCUGAUGGGGACAACACUGAGAUUGGAGAAAGAGGAAUCAACCUGAGUGGUGGUCAGAAGCAGAGGGUCAGCUUGGCCAGGGCCUUGUAUAGCAACAAGGACAUCUAUCUCCUUGACGACCCACUCUCUGCAGUGGACACACAUGUUGGGAAGCAUAUCUUUGAAAACUGCCUGAGGGGGGCACUGAAGGACAAGACAGUCCUGUUUGUUACACACCAGCUACAGUACCUGAACGAGUGUGACUAUGUGCUAUACAUGAAGGAUGGGAUGAUAGCUGAGAGGGGGACACAUGAAGAACUGAUGGAGCAAAAUGGAGAGUAUGCUGGACUGGUGUCCACUAUGUUCACUGACACUAGAGACGAGGAGACAGCGGAAGUGGAGCCCCCAUUAAGCCCACUCCCAAACAGCCUUCCCAGCACCGGUGGUGCCAACAGUUACCAGAAGCACCACCCACUGCGCCAGAUCUCCUCUGACACCACAGGCCGUUCUCAUCGCUAUCUCAGUCAAGAUGGCCACCUCUGUGCCUCUCAGCCGCGUAUCUCCCCUGAGAGGAUAGAGGAGAGGGACAGGCACGGCAUGAUGCUCAGCAGUAUGACCAGUCUAGCCAGUGUGCUGUCUGAACCUCAUGUGUUUGAGGAGGAUGGAGGUAAACUCAUUGAAGCAGAAGAAUCAGAGAAAGGCCAUGUCAAGUUCUCCACAUACAAAGCCUACUUCCAAGCUGCUGGUGGUUAUAUUAUCUCUAUCCUAGUGAUAUCCCUGUUUGUAAUCAGUGUAGGAUGUACUGCCUUUAGUAACUGGUGGUUGUCAUAUUGGCUGCGUCAGGGAGGUGGGGGUGUAAAUGUCACUGUGGGCAACAGGACAGUGUUCAGUGAUAACAUUACAGACAACCCUGACCUUGACUUCUACACCCUGAUCUAUGGAAUGACCAUAAUAGCCAUCCUAGUGACCACUUGUAUCAGGGGAUUCGUCUUUAUGAAGACCACCCUUCAUGCCUCCAGCAGCCUUCAUGACAGCUUAUUCAGCAAAGUGUUCAGGAGUCCCAUGAAGUUCUUUGAUACCACUCCCACUGGCAGAAUACUGAACAGGUUCUCCAAAGAUUUAGAUGAAGUUGAUGUGAUGCUUCCGUUCCUGUCAGAGCAGUUUCUUCAGAACAUAUGCCUCAUUCUGGUGUCUAUAGGCAUGAUAGCAGCCGUCUUCCAGUGGUUCCUCAUCGCAGUGGUCCCACUCAUCGCUGUGUUCUUCUUUCUAUACAUCUGCUUCCGUGUGGGAAUACGGGAACUGAAGAGGCUGGAUAAUACCACCAGGUCCCCACUGUUCAGCCACAUCACUGCCACUAUACAGGGUCUCUCCACUAUUCAUGCAUACCAGAAAAAUGAGCAAUUUAUGAAAAAAUUUAAAACUCUCAUGGAUGAGAACACAGUCCCAUUUUUUAUGUUUAACUGCGCCAUGCGUUGGUUGGCAAUACGCCUGGACUUGCUCACCAUUCUCAUAACAACAGUCACCGGCAUCUUGGUCAUCAUCACGCCGACAGAAGUCAUGCCACCAGCACUUGCUGGGCUGGCAUUGUCUUAUGCAAUACAGAUGACUGGGUUGUUCCAGUUCACCAUCAGACUGUCUAUAGAGUCUGAGGCCAGGUUUACCUCUGUAGAGAGAAUACAGCAUUACAUACAGAAUCUGGAGUCAGAAGCGGAAGCAGUAGUAGAAGAAAACCGUCCCCCUGCCAACUGGCCGUCUGAAGGCCAUGUCACAUUCCAGCGAGUACGAAUGAAGUACCGCCCCAACCUGCCCCUGGUGCUGAAGGGGAUCUCGUUUGAAAUCAAGCCCAGGAAGAAGAUAGGGAUUGUAGGAAGAACUGGAUCAGGAAAGUCCAGUCUGGGUGUGUCCCUGUUCCGUUUGGUGGAGUUAUCAGCAGGGAAGAUAGUGAUAGAUGGUGUAGACAUAGGCAGUAUUGGACUGGAUGAUCUCAGAUCCAAACUGUCCAUUAUUCCACAAGACCCUGUGCUAUUUGUGGGAACAGUCAGGUACUUCAAUCAACUUGUCAUCUUGAACAAGGUCCCUAGUGUAUUUCUUAUCCUUGGCGUAUCGUACGCCGUCGUACAGCUCAUAGGAGUUCUCCUCAUGUUUGAAAGGGGACAAGCGGACUUGGACAGUGGAGACUUGUACGCUAUAGUGAUAGGCAACAGUAACAGUUCUAAUGAGUCAGACAGUCUGUUGCCCGGCCACCGUACUACCAGAAUAACAGCAAGCGGCUCCAAGGUCCCAGGUGAGGAAAGGUCGCUUACACCAAUAGCAAUGAUGAAAACCAAAUCAUUUUAUAUCAUGUGGCUGGUGUUCUUCUUCAAUAGUCAAGUUUUACUGGAAGCUGCCGGUUCGUAUAAGGUAUACGGACAAAACUUCAUCCAAAGCGACUUAUUUCUGCUCGGAGUCCUAAGCGUGGGCUCGUUAUUCAAUGCCGGAGGACGUGUGUUUUGGGGAUAUAUGGCAGACAGAUAUGGUUUCAGGGUUUGCUUAAUGUGUCUGUGCGCCUUCACAAUGGUUCUCAUCACCACGCUUGACUUCUGCCGUGACACUCACUCUUCUACGGCGGCACAGAGCAUGUUCUUCAUCUGGUUCUGUCUCAUUUACAUGGCUACAGGCGGGAGCUUUACUUUGUUCCCGAUGGGGACGGCGAAGACGUUCGGCCUCAAGCAUGCUGCUUUAAAUUACAGUUUUGUCUUUUCAUCUCAGAUCGCGGCAUUUAUAGUUGGAGCUCUCUUAACGCAGUAUGUGUACAGUUCUAUGGUCUGGUCCUCCACGUUUCUCUGCGUCGCUGGAUUCUCUUUCUUAGGAUUGUUCACGGCCUUUUUCUUCGAUGCCAAGAGAUGGGACGGUAGUGACAUAUGA